AUGCAUUUCACAUCGCUUGUCGCCCUCCUCCCUGCCCUUGCCCUGGCACAGGAACAGGUCCCCCUCGCGGACCGUGUGCAGGGAUGGUUCAACAAGGCCAAGUCGUUCGUGCCAACUGCGGUGCCCGCAGAGCCGAUCGUCAAGCUCGCCGAAAAGGUUUCUGAGAAGCGGGUCACGCCGGUUAAGCUGGACAACUGGCAGUCCCUGUUGACCCCAGCUCCCGAGCCCCAGGACUGGCUGAUCUUCGUGACUGGUGGCAACAAAACCUGCUUCGGUCGCUGCGAGCAUCCCGAGAAGGCUUUCAAUGAAUCGGUCAUCCUUUUCUCUGCCGAUCCGACCUCUCCAAACCUUGGUCUGCUGAACUGCGAGGAGGAACGCAUUCUCUGCUCAGCCUGGUCCGCCGGCUCGCCCUCCGUCUACUACUUCAAGGUGCCCAAGGCCCAGCCAGAAGGGGAAGAACGCCUUCCUACUGAUUUGCACAUCACGUACAUGAACACCACCACCGUCACUGCUCAGGAUCUGUUCAAGAUCCACUCUGAGAAGAAGUACGAGGACAGCGCCCCUUAUGAGGGUUUCCUCCACCCAACCGAUGGAAUCCUUGCUCGCUAUAACCUCAACAUUCCAUUCGGAUACUUCAUCUACGGUAUUGGUGCCAUUCCUAGCUGGAUGUUCAUGAUCGGCAUCAGCUUCUUCAGUCGUACCAUCAUGUGA